AUCACAUCCCACCUCUUUUAUUCGCGUGUUGUCUACUUCGCCACUUCCACCACCUGUGCAACUGUACGAUUUUAGCAGCAUAUGUCACAGAAGCCGCUCAAGCUCGCGCAUAUAUCUCCUCGUUAAGCAUAGUUGUGAGUGUUUUGGCACUUUUUUCGUUGCCGAAGUGCAAGUUCACGCCAUGUCUGGACACGGUCACGGCCACGGCGGUGGACACAGUCACGGCUGCUGUGAAUGCGAUCACGAGCCCGCAGAGCGAGGAGUGGAAUAUGAGCUGUACAGACGCAUUGAUAUCGAGAAGCUUCAGUGCUUGAAUGAGAGCCGAGAUGGAGACGGUAAACUGGUGUUCAAGCCUUGGGAUCAACGCACUGACAGGACGAAGUUUGUUGAAAGUGAUGCUGAUGAGGAGCUUCUGUUCAAUAUACCGUUUACAGGUAGCGUGAAGCUGAAAGGGAUCAUUAUUGCUGGAGAAGAUGAUGAGUCACACCCAGCUGAAAUGAGACUGUUCAAGAACAUACCCCAAAUGUCAUUUGAUGAUACAAGCAGAGAGCCAGAACAAGCCUUUCGUCUAAACCGGGAUCCGCUUGCUGAGCUUGAGUAUCCAACCAAGAUUGCGAGAUUCUCCAAUGUGGAGCACUUAUCUAUCCACAUAUCUCGAAACUUUGGGGCAGAAUCCACUCGUGUGUAUUACAUUGGUCUGCGGGGAGAAUUCACACAGGCUCACAGACAUGAGGUGACGAUCUGCAACUAUGAAGCAGCAGCCAAUCCAGCAGACCACAAAGUGGAGAGCAUCACGCCGCAAACACAGUUCAUAUCAUGACAAAUGGAGGAAAGAGAAUCUCACGCGUGCUGCGUGAAACUAUAAAAGUGUGCAUGAGUUUUGAUAAUGGUGAGAUGAACGGAUUCAUUUAGGAGGGUUUGUUCGUCUGCAAAUGUGCCAAUAAAUAUUUAACCUAUAUAAGCAUAAUUACUGAAUGUAUGCUUAUGUCAAAUAAACACUGUGUACUUCAAAUAACAGAACAGACGAGCCAUGCAAGAAGUCUGUUCUUUAAAAAUCUAGUGGAAAGUUUAUGUUCUCAGUUUGGUUUUGCAAUAUCGUACUCAUCCAUUUAAUAUUUCUUUUGCAUAAUUGCUUUGGGUCAAAUGAGAGAUUAAAAACCAUUUAGGAAAAUGUGUUCUAAUCGAGUCCUUGAGGUGUUUAAUAUUGAUGGAUUCUUGCAAUUUGUUUAAUAAGAAAUCUUCCUGGUUAAUUUCAACCACUUUUGGGAUUUCAGAAUAUCAUGCAUAUUUUAUAACAAUUUAUGCAUUAUGCUGCUCUUAAUUAAAUAAACAUACAAUCUCAA